AUGUUUGAAGAAGUGGACGAUGCGUCGCGUCGUGAAAAGUGUUUCACAACCAUCGCUCAACUGCCGGCAUUCAUUGACCCGAAGCAGAUCCCGAGCAAGAGAUCGCCAUUUUCAACGAUUCAGAACCAUGCAUUUGUACACUCAGUCGAGGUUAUCUUGCCAAAGGAGGUCUACUCACAGAUCAAGCCAUCGCUCGAGACUAAGCUAGAAAAACCUCGGUAUGCACGAGUGUUCAUGGCUCCUUCGGCUCUACUUGAGCAUGAUUUCUUCAACACAUAUAUCAAGUCAGGAAAUAUUUUGAUGAUAUCUGAAGGACACUCGGGGUCCGAUAAUGUCUUCACACUCCAAGAUGGAGUUCUUCGAAUGGAACUAGGAAAGGAGAUCUAUGAGCGGACGGGCCUCACGGGCAAGCCUUUCCGCAGUGGUGGCAGAAAACAUGCAAAAGAACGAUUCUUGGUAGAAUUGAACUUACGGCUGCCCUCGAUGCUGCAUGGCAAGAAAGGCUUUGAAAGAAUCGUAUGGGCGUUCACCAAUGUUCUGACUCAAUCAAUGUCCUGGCUCUUCCACGACCUGGAAAGCAACUCCGGUCUAGAUGAAGGAAACAAGCCGAUCAAUAAGGUUCAACCACAGUUGACAACCUGUGAGCCACGGGAAAUUGAUCACGAGCAAAUAAUCACUCCGCCGUUUUACGAAAACGGGAAAGUACUCGAGGAAAUGUCGGAAGGUGAUCUGCAGGAACAUUCUGGCUCCCUGUCCGAAUGGCUUGCCAUGGUUCAGAUGGCUUCUCCACGGUUAUCUGGGGAAGAUGACGUCGAUCCGUACCUGAGUCGUUAUGCAGUGCCAAACGCAGACGAAAGCCAGGCCUGUGAUUUGAUGAGUUUGAAAUGGCAUGGUUUGAUAUCGUCCCGUUGGAUUAUGCAGCUGUUCCUCAAUCUGCUACAGAGUACUAAGGCCAGCAAUCUGUCGUGGUUUGCGCUUGCCGUCGCUACUUUGGGUAAAGAAGCUGUGGAAGGAAGGGACGGAUUCACGGUUAUGGUCCUUCCUAGUGGACAGUCCGGUGAAUCCAGCGAAGCAUCUCUCAAUGGGGAAGGAACCACUGGACCUGGUCGUGUGACUCUAUGUUGGGAGUUGACGGGAGCAUCAGUGACUGAACCUUGA